AUGCUUCCCAUCAACAUCACCACCAACAACAAAGAUAUCUCACGAAGACGCCAUUUGGAUGCCCCCAAAUAUGAUCCUGGGCACAAGAGGAGGCUAUUAACUCAUGGUUCGAGGUGGGGGAGUCAUCCACUAUACCUCCAUACCCCGAAUACUUCUGUGCAACAAGCAAUCUUUCUUCUGGUGCUCUGCAUCGCCCAUCACUCAAACCGUAUUGGAGUGAUGGACACUGAGCUCUUCUUAUUGAGGAUGGACUUGAUGAAUCUAGAAAUGGCACCCCGAAUAAUUACUAGAUCUAGUCAAGGUCUUCAAGUUGAGCAGGAUGCUCAUUCAGCACAAAGUAACCCACCCCUAGACCACACAUAUGUGAGGAAAUAG